GGGGGGUGAAGUUUACAGUCAGUGCGCUGUCCUGACUUUUGCGGACUUCACUGUUUUCGGUGCGAUCGCGCGGUGCGUCACACGCUCCAGAGGAACCAGAGGAACCAUCCAAGCAAGUGGACGAGCGCACGCACGAGCCGCAGCCGCACAUCAUACAUGCGCACACAGAGCCGGGACUCUCCGCAGCGCGUGUCGGUUCUUCCCCACAGUUUCCACUCCGUUUGUCCGCGUCUCGCGCGCUGUUUCCCGGGAGCGACAUGGACGUGAUCCCGAUGUGCAGCAUCUUCCAGGAGCUGCAGAUUGUGCACGACACCGGAUACUUUUCUGCGUUACCGUCUCUGGAGGAGUACUGGCAGCAGACAUGCCUGGAGCUGGAGCGCUACCUCCAGAGCGAGCCCUACGUCUCGGCCACAGACCUCAAGUUUGACAACCAGGAGGACCUGUGGAGCAAGCUGAUGCUCGCCUGCGGGGACAAGUCCGGCGAUGCCGACCCAAAGAUCCCCCACAUCAAGGAGGAGGAAGACAAUCAGGACAUCCAGCACGUCGACGCCGGGGGGUUCCACUCCGACGCCAGCAGCGAGGCCUCGGACAGCUCCGAGGAGCUCUCCCCAACCCUCGACUUCGCCUCCGGCUCUUUGACGGACAUUCUGGGCGACGGCGGGGAGGACCUGGGCUCGGCCAUCAUCAGCACGCCGCCGUCCUCGCCCGAGCUGGCCAAGGACAGCUCCGGCACCCCGGGGUGGAGCGGGAUACAGACUGUGCUGCACUCGCCCGGGAAAAUAAGGACAGGGGGAGGAACGGAGAGGUCGGGGCUGACCAGCGGGGAGGCGUCUCCCGACGGCAGGAGGCGGGUGCACAGGUGUCACUUCAACGGGUGCAGGAAGGUGUACACCAAGAGCUCGCACCUCAAAGCACACCAGCGCACACACACAGGUGAGAAGCCCUACAGGUGUUCAUGGGAGGGCUGCGAGUGGCGCUUUGCACGGAGCGACGAACUCACCAGACACUUCAGGAAGCACACUGGAGCCAAGCCAUUCAAAUGCAGUCACUGCGACAGGUGUUUCUCCCGCUCUGACCACCUGGCGCUGCACAUGAAGAGGCACAUCUAAGAUGGCCUUCCGUGUCCAGAGAGCUCUGAGGGAUGAUUGCGGUUGAUUGUCGCGUCCUGUUGGGGGAUCGGCGAGGCCGGUGUGUCCUGGGAGCGCUAACGGGGGAGGAACACCGCCGUGUUCCGGGCAGCGGAAAAAACAUGAAGCAAACGCAGGCUAUUAUUUGCACCAUACUUAGUGCCUCCAACACCUCGCUGUGGAGAUUGCUCUUGAAAGGCUUUUAUGGAGGAGCGCGGGGGGGAAGGGGAGAGACAGACUGCUGGGAAAAAUCUGGACUGGAGACGACGGGAAGAGACUCUUCUGUAUGGUGUUCGACGCUUUUUUCCUGGAGGAUUAUGGGACUCUCGUCGGGGGAGGUGGGGGAGGGGACCCGUGCCUCCGAUGACCGUGUGUUUGCCUGUGUGCAUGGGGACUGCGAGUGCCUGUGCUGGCUUUGUGGAGCUGACGGCGCUUGCAUUGUGGAGACGUGAGCGAGUGAAUGAGUGACGCCGCGUGCUGUCAUGUUUCUGUGUUUUAUUUGGGAGGGUGAAUAUCGUUUCUGUCUCUCUGCGAAUGAAUGCAAAGCGAGCGGCGAACAGUUCUGUGCGAUGAGUGUCGCGGCUGUGGAGACGGGGCGGGGGGGUCGGGUCGGGUUGUUUGGUUUUCAGAGGGCGCCCCCUGCGUGCCCGGAGGUGGAACAACAAGCUUCCCCCGAUUCACAAGUGGGAGUUUGUUUUGUUUAGUGCAGCUACUAAAUGUGCAAUGUAUGAAGUGGCCCCGUAUGAAACCAUACACGCUAUAAAAGCUCAUUUUAUUGUCCAUUGUGUAAGCUCUGUAUCUUUAAAGAAAAUUGAAAACAAACAAAAAAAAGGUUGUAAACAAACAAACAGUUAUCACCAUUAUAACAGACGUUGCAUGGGAUCAGGGGAUGUGUUUUUGGCUUACGUGUUUGCUUAUAGGACGACACAAUUCCACUCCAGAGCAGCUAGCUUCAUAUUCUGCUACCGUAGUAUUUACAAAACACAUAAGGCCGUCUUUCUUUGUUGGGAAAACCACUGUUGCUUUACUUUUGGGAUUUUUUUGUUCCUUUUUUUCUUCACUUCUGCUUCUUCUUUUUUUUUUUUUUCUAUCUGUAAAUGCACUGUUAACCUUACUGAUGCCUUAUGUAAGUGGCCUUGUCCUGUUAAAUACAUCACUCUCUCACACACACACACACACACACACACACACACACCGGGGUUAGUCUAGUACUGAAUAGCUUUAGAAAGGCUCUGUUCAAACACAUUUUUCUUUCUUCUUCCAAAAUAGACUCACCUAAUCUCCAGAACAAUAACAAUAAAAAAGAUAACAACAAUAACAAUAAUAAUAGUAAUAACUAUAUAUCAGCUUCAUAACGACUGCCAUUUUUACAUUUCUGUGCAUAUUUCAGUGUCGGAUUAAUUGCGACUAUAUCGGAAGCUUUACUACUAUGUAGUACAGAGGUACAGAGAGUCCUGGAAACAUGUUCUCAUGAAAGGUGGCGUCCCCCCGAGAUCCAUUUACAUAAACCAUUUCCAUUAAAUAUCAUAAAAAGAAACGGUAACAAUAAUGAGUCUGUUCUCAUGAUGUGUUUUGGUUUAAAUCUCCCCCUCAGGCUCGAGUCUGCUUCUUUACUCAGUCCUGCUUUGAAGAACCGACCAAAAACCAGUUAAACCAGUUCAGCUGUGGCGCAGGGUCAUGUGGUGAAACUGAGCAGAGACCAGGUUUCAUGUCAGUGCCGAGACCAUAUUUAUGUCACUCAGUGCAUGUUCUUCACGUCCCGUCACAUGACAUUGACACACUCCUCCGUCUUAUCUCGCAGAUUUUAAAGUUGAGUUUAAAGCCACGAUGUCAGUAUUUGUGUUCAAAUGUGUAACAGUGCGUUUACACCAAAGGCAAAAGCAGAUUUUUAACGCGUUUCUGUUACGCUAACACAACCCACAAAUAUCAGGAGAAUCUCAACACUGAUUGGCUUUCGCAACAUUAGUGUAAAGUGAAGCAAAUUACGCAAUUAACGGAAUUUGCAUCAGCCAGCAAAUUUCGCGAAAACCUGCAUGUGAUCAUUUUUCCGCUUCUCUGUGUUGACGUUAAAAUCUUGACGUUAAGCUUUUGCUUUUUCACAAUUUGCUUAAUUUUUCACAAGAACUGUGCAAGUCACACACAUUUUGCAACUAAAGCAUUUUUGCAUUUACAUUGGACGCAAUCUGGAUUUAAUUGAAUCUCAUUGUAUUCUCAGUGCUGAUUGGCUUUUGCAAAAUUUGUGAAGCGUGACUUUUUUCAACUUUGACAUAAAUGUCACAUAUUUGUGUCGCGUCAUUUUGCAAGAUUUGCGUCGCCUUGUGAAAUACGUCUUUUGGCUUCUUCGCUUUGUCCUUUGACGUCAUUUCAUUGUCGUCACUUUUAUUUGUUUGGACAAAUGCUGGUGAUCGGACAAAUACUAUUUGCCAUUGUUUUAUCGUGCUAAGAUUUUUGCAGUGCGAUUGGUGUGAACGCACGGUAAGAUUUAUGGGAUAGUCGGGGGGGGUUAACGCAUCGGUAAUAUCGUCGUCUGUCACUCAGUCGUUGACAUCACAGGUAGCCUUGUUCUCACUCAACAGCUGUACACAGGUGAACCUCAAGAACAUCGUGCGAGAGAAUCUGUGGGCCAACGUUUUUCUUUUUACACUGAGAAGAUUUAUGUCAAAUGCAAAGAUUAUGUACAUUGUAAACUAAGAGAAUUUUGUAUGGAAGCUUCUAUUUUGAAAGGGUAUGGGACCAAAAAAAUGAUGAAAAAAACAAAAGAGUGCAAACGUGUUGUUUCCUUACAUGAACCAAUAAACGACAAGAGGCUGAAGAAUUAUUGUAACAUAGUCGCACUCCUUCAUUUGCUUCUCUGACACCAUUUUUUUUUUUGGUUUUGAUUUGACUGAAGAAGCAAAUGUACAUUUCAAAAAUUUAAAAUAAAAAGGCAUCAUCAGCACCUGUGGCCUCGAUCAUCAGUCAAAAAAAUCAGAUAGUGAAUGGUUCUGGACACUUGAAUUGUUCUAAUUUUGCAUUCUGGUGCCUGCUGAGUAUUAUGUUUGUUUAUUUGUCUUAUUUUAUUUUAUUUUAUUAUAAUUAUUUUAAAAAUUUGCCAUGUGAUGUUUUUUUGUUUUUUCAAAGACGCCCAACCUUUACUUCUAGAAUCUUUAUGAGAUAAACACGGGGAUUAAAAUUUCAAAAAACAA